GACAGUAGCUGCAUAGGCACUUUCUAAAAAAAGAAAAAGUGACACUCAAUUUGUAUUGUUCAUUUAAUUGUGUGUUGUGUUUAUUUCCAAGAAAGUACAUUUGACUCAUUUUUUGUUUGGUUUUGGGUGGAGUUGGUCUUGAAGGUAUUUCGACAACUGUUUUAUCAAAAGCUGCAGUGAAAGGUUUGUUUACGAUUUAUUUUAAGAACAGUUCAUGCACUCGCUAUAGAGAUCUUCAAAAUGAACGAUUUAGACAGACAACUGGCUGAAUUGGCCUUAAUAAACAAAACCGACCUGCAAUUGAAUCCCUCUUUGGGAAGCCCUGGGAAGAAAAUUGGACCUGCAGUUCCUCCUAAGCCCAAAAAGGCCCAACCGCAGAUACCUCAAUCAUAUCCACUAAAACAAGCCGUUGAACCGAGUUACUCGUCCCGGUUGCAGGCCCAUCAACUCUACUCCAAUGUUCAAAGUAAUAAUUCACACUCGCAUUACUCCAAUGCUCAACCACAAACGCUAACCAAUAAGUACCACAGUCAAAGAGCUAACGACACAAAUUAUGCUAACUUGCCUAAGAACAAUGAUGCUAAUCAAUAUGCCAAUUUGCCUAGAAGUGGCUCUUCUGUUUCACGACAAGGUAAUUAUGGUUCCAGUGAGUUUAUUCAAAAACAGGGCUCCUUACCAAGGGCAAACAUGGUUCCUAAAGGUUACGAUAAUACAGCUUAUAGUAAUAUUCAGAUGGCUCCUGCAAGAAAUCAAGAAGGUUUAAUUUACAGCAAUCUGAUACACGCUCCAAUUGAUGGUUCUAAUAUUUACAGUAAUUUACCUCCGACAAAUUCAUCUUAUGCUAAUGGUGACGAUUUGCCGCCUCCACCGCCUCCAUUGGAUAUAACCUCAGGUUUACCGGAUUACGCUCCGUGUACAGUAAACACGAAUUUACCGCCUCCGCCGAAGGAGCUGUUGCCGCCUCCUUCGCCGGUAAGUUCGAGCUACAGCGAAUUGAGAAGAGCUACCCAGCCGGGUCAAGAUUUCCAUAAUUACAGCGUCGGUUCGCAGUACGGUGACAGCGAUUCUUUAUAUGGAUUUGGGGAACUCUCUCAGUCGUCCUCGACAUACGAGUCCAUUUACGAACCGAUAAAUCCCCGUCCUCCGAGUCAAAUGUCGUCCCGCUCCAAUUAUUCGCUGUACGCGCCGUACGUCAGCGGAGGCAGCAGUACCGCGAUCGGACCGAGCCAAUCCGUCAGCCGUUUGGGCCACAACAAAGAGCAGGAAGUUGAUAACUUGACCGACCUGCUCGUGCAGGGCAUGAGAGGAGGCGAAGAGAGCGACAUCGACCAGGAGGACGUCUACGGAAUAUGCAUCAAAUGCGGCGAAAAGAUUAUCGGCGAAAACAGCGGUUGUACGGCGAUGGAUCAAUUGUACCACAUUAAAUGCUUCACUUGCCAUCAUUGCGCUAUAAAUCUGCAGGGAAAGCCUUUCUACGCUUUGGACGGGAAGCCUUAUUGCGAAGAAGAUUAUCUGAACACGUUAGAGAAGUGCUGCGUUUGUCAAAAACCAAUUCUAGAUAGAAUCCUCAGAGCUACAGGCAAGCCGUAUCAUCCGAGAUGUUUCUCUUGCGUAGUUUGCGGUAAAAGCUUAGACGGCAUUCCGUUCACUGUAGACGCUACUAAUAGAGUGCAUUGCAUCGAAGACUUCCAUAAGAUAUUUGCGCCGAGGUGUUGGGUAUGCAAACAGCCCAUUAUGCCUGAACCAGGUGAAGAAGAAACCGUCCGAGUGGUAGCAUUAGAUCACAGCUUUCAUGUACAGUGUUACAAGUGCGAGGAUUGCGGUCUGGUUUUAUCGUCCGAGGCGGAAGGUAGAGGUUGUUAUCCACUGGACGGUCACGUUUUGUGUAAAAGCUGUAACGCCAAACGAGUUCAAGUGCUUACUAAUCACAUGACUACUGAACUUUAAAAUGGGGUUAUUCGAUUACUACUAGAGGUACUUGAGGCUUGCGAUUUUUUUACUAGAGGCUUAGCAACUAGAUGUAUUGGGGAGAUUGGCUAAUUCUGUAGGUUUCUAAAAAUUGGCAUUUUUCAGUUUCUAUAAAUUGUUUCUUUUAUGAUGGAGAUAGGCCAAAUUACUAAUUAAUUUAUUAUCUUAAAGAUAGAAAAAUAAUUUAAAUAGAUUCAGCACAACUAUAAUAGCAAAUUUAUCGGUUUUACGCUCAUUGUAACAGGAUGAGGACUUUAUUUUCAUGUAUCUUCUAUUAAUUUAAGCUAUCAAUGUUGUUAAAUAUUACAAAUAUAUUCACACAAGUUUUAACAAUUGCAUAUAUCGUAUGAAGACAGUUUAGAAACGGAUAGUAUUGGUUGAUUAAACAAUUUUCUAUAUAUUUGCUUCAGCUCAAUUAUAAAUAUAGUUAUUUAAUAUAUUAGUUUACGGUUGUUGUUGUGAUUAUUGGGUAGUUUUAUAUAUUUUAUUCACAAAUCGUCCUGGAAGCUGAUUAAAUGGUAUUCCUGUUAAAUAUCACUUGGAUUAGAAGGCUCAUGUGUUGAAAAUAUACGUACAGAUAUGUAGAUUGUCGAAAUUUCUAAAUUCUUUCGGAUAAUUCUAGUCUUGUAUAUUAGCAUAUUUUAUGGAUUUUUGGCAAUUUUUAUUGUAAAAGGGUUUAUGAUCAAUUUUUAGCGAUAUACAUACAAUGUUGCGUUUUUACAUUCCAUUUUCAAACUAUUAGAAAUUUAUUAUAGUAAAUAGUGAGACUAAUUUUAUACUUUUAUACAUAAUAUGGUUCUUUUAUAUUAAGAUGCUUUAGCUUACAAAUGCUUAUUGAAUGUAAAGUAGUUAUAAGAGAUUAGAAAUGUUACUGGUUUGAGAAAUAUCCUAGAAUACAAUAUGUAUAUAAAGUACCGCGAGAAAACUUCAAGAAAAAAUUAUGAAAUAUCUUGGGCAAUAUUUAUUUCUGGUCAAAAUACGAAAAAUGUGAUUUUUUGUUAUUUUUAUUGUGCCAAUUUAUAAUAUAAGAUGUGCAUACCUAUAUUAAAAUAUUGUGAAUUUUA